AUGCAGUUCAUCCUCGCUACCUUUGCUCUCUUCGCUACCGCCUUCGCCGGUGUUCCCCGCGCUGCUGAAGGUGGCUCUGUCUGUGCCACUGGAGAGAGUGUCGUCUGCUCUAACAACGGCAAUGGUGGUCUCAUCACCCUUGGCAACAUCGCCCCCGGUGCCCUCGGAAGGGACUGCUCCGGUGGCAGCGUUUACUGCUGCAAGGACAGCGAUGUCCAGAGCGGUCUCGUCAACCUCAACGUUGCUCUCUCUUGCACCCUCAACGAGGUCCUUUAA